GAUAGUUUCAAAUUAAUUAAACAAGGAGCCGAAGGAAGAAUUUAUCAUGGCAUAUACUUAGGAAAACAUGUAUUAGUCAAGGAAAGGUUUAAAAAAUCUUACAGACAUCCAGAUUUAGACGAUAUUUUAACUAAGGAAAGAAUGAAAUCUGAAGCAAAAUUAAUUGUUCGAUCGAAAUCAGCUGGAAUUAGAACACCUGCUAUUUACAUGGUCGAUUUUGAAAGACGCAUUAUUAUAAUGCAAUAUUUCGAAAAAAAUAUCACAUUGAAAGAAUAUAUAUCUAAAUAUUGUAAGGAUAAUGCACAAGAACUGCAAGCACUAGGAAAUCAAAUUGGUGCAUUGGUUGCAAAACUCCAUAUAGCAAAUAUCAUUCAUGGUGAUCUUACGAGCUCUAAUAUUCUUCUUGUGCCAAGUAAUCCAGAAUUGAAAGACUGGUCUGAUAACAUUUCUUUAAAAAAUUCAAAUUUAAUACUGAUUGAUUUUGGAUUAUCUCAUAUUGAUACAUCUUCAGAAGAUAAAGGAGUAGAUUUAUAUGUUCUGGAAAGGGCAUUACUGAGUACUCAUAGUGAUGUUGGUGAAAUUCUGAGGAAUAAUAUUCUACAAUCAUACAGAAAAUCUUCCAACAAAGCAGCUGCUGCUAGUGUUUUAGAAAAGUAUGAAGAAGUAAGAGCAAGAGGUAGAAAACGAACAAUGGUUGGAUAA